GGUUGAACGUGUGGGGGGACACAGAAGCGCUGUGUGUGUGGCUGCAUAUGGGGCACCAUGAAGGGGGGGAGCCUGAAUGGGUGAUAGGGAGCUCUCCCCCCCCCCCACCCUAGAUUUCCUGUCCCUGUGUGCUACGGUAAAUCUCUAAAAUCCGUCUCGGUCUGUUUCAAGCAAACCCUGGAUGUCAGGCAUGGCUGAGCCUGCCCCGUGAUUCUGAAUCUCCCAGCUCCAGCUUCCUUCCUCGCCAGCCUCUGCCCCGCGUCGGAGGGACAAACUCCCCACCAUGAACUGUGUGCGGAAGCUGCUCCUGGCCCGAGAGCUCUCUGCCGGCCGAGGCAUCCUGCGGCAAGCCGCUCCGGGGAGGGAUCUCCCGUGGCUGCAGGAAAGCAGCUGUGCCCAGGGCUUCUGGCCGGUUCCUGUGCGGAGCAUCCGGAGUGGUGCUGCCCUGAGCCGUUCCGAUCUCGUCCCCUCGGCAAGGGGGGACAAGGAGAAAGACAGAGGGUCCCGUGAUGGGGCCCUGGUACCCUUUGAUGAGCUCUUCGAGCGGGCCUGCAAGGAAGACAGAAACAAGGCCAGCUUCAGCCGAGCGGUGGAGCUCUUCUGCCAGAGAGACAUCCGGCGGAGAGGUCACAUCGAGUUCAUCAAUGCGGCCCUCAGGAAGAUGCCAGAGUUUGGGGUGGAGCGGGAGCUCGACGUCUACAACAAGAUCCUGGACGUCUUCCCCAAGGAAGUGUUUGUGCCCCGCAACUUCAUCCAGAGGAUGUUCAACUACUACCCGAGGCAGCAGGAAUGCGGGAUCCACGUCUUGGAGCAGAUGGAGAACUAUGGCAUCAUGCCCAACAAGCAGACGAAGUUCCUGCUGCUCCAGAUCUUUGGUGAGAAGAGCCAUCCCGUUCGCAAGUACCAGCGGCUCAUGUACUGGUUCCCCAAAUUCAAGCAUGCCAACCCCUACCCGGUCCCGGCGGCCCUCCCCCAAGACCCCGUUGACCUCGCCAGAUUCAGCCUGCAGCGGAUCGCUGCGGACCUGAGCGCCAAGGUCACGGUCUAUCAGAUGCCUCUGACAGAUAUUUUGGAUGAUGGAAAAGAGAUCACCCAACCGCACAUCGUAGGAAUCCAGAGCCCCGAUCAGCAGGAACUCCUGGCUUGCCACAAUCCGGCCAGGCCCGUGUUUGUCGAGGGCCCCUUCCCCUUGUGGCUGAAGAAGACGUGUGUUUAUUAUUACGUACUCCGGGGAGAGCCGCUACCUCCUGAAGAAAAGGAAGAGGUGAUAGACUCCGAGAGGAACUUCUACUACCCCAUGCAGCUCGACCUGGACCUGGAUCGGGACCUCUGGGAUAAUGAGGAAUUUUACGUGGAUGAAGUGGAGGAAGGCCCCAUCUUUGCCAUGUGCAUGGCCGGGGCAGGAGACCAGGCCACUUUGGCCAAGUGGAUUUUGGGCCUGCAGCAAACCAAUCCCAUUUUGAGUCAGACGCCAGUUGUGUUCCACCUCACGCCGGGGCCCCGAGAGCUCCAGGUGGACUUGGACUCGGAGAGCGGUGAGGAGGAGAUCCCGCAAAGUUGGCAUGCGAAGCAAGAGCUUUAAACCUGUCUGUUUCAUCGACUUCCUUGGUGAUUGUGUAGCUGCAUGUGGCUCCCUCCUGCCUUGCCAAUCGAGCAGAUAGGCCAGAGGGAGUCUGUUUCAGCAGCCACCAUGGCAUAGGAAUGGAUUCGUCCUUUCAAUCAGUCUGAGCCACUUUUAGUAGAGUUGCAUGUAAUGGGGAUGCUGCGAAUAUUCGCCUGCCCCCCAUGCCCAUGCUUCCUUCACUCUAGCACUAAGUACCAUACUGCAUAUUGGGUGAAUGCGCUUAGUCGCCAUAUAAUUCGGUGUAGCAGUCUUACAUUUGGACCUGAUCAUUGUUCUCUGGGCUUUCUGAGCACGGCAGUGGGAGCCCAGAGCCUCCUGAGUUGUAAUCCCAGCUCCUAUUAAACUGCUCCCCCUGGGCGUGGAGCAGAGACGUUAUUAAAAAGCCUGCAGCACUUUCCGAAGAAGACGGG